GGGAGGGCGUGGAAGGAAAGUUCCACGGUGAAGCCACUUGGGAGAAAUUCGAAGUGGAGUUUUAUAAUCAGUACUACUCAACUUUUGAAGUCAAUCUCAAAAGGAGGGAGUACACGAACCUAAAACAGGAGGAUGGUUGCUCGGUGAGGCACGUGGAACAGAGGUUCCGUGACUUGGCACGAUUCAUCCCAGAAUACUCCUUGGAUGAAAAUCGUAUGGCCAAUCACUUUUGGGAUGCCCUACAGUUGGACAUCCGUGACCAGGCUACUUACCAACACAACAUGACAUUUAGCCAAAUCGUUGAUCAGGGGCUCCUUGGGGAAACCCAAUGGAAUGAAAGGAAGGCGAGAGACGCCGAGGAGGCGAAGAAGAGGAAAUGGGGCAACUCGGGACCCCAAGACCACUCCCGGAGGCAUCACGCCGGGGGUGGCAGUACAUUCAGGGCGCCAACACCACCAACGAAAAGGUAUAAGGGCCCAGGAGGGCAAGGGCCCAAACCGAGGGGUGUGGGACCACCAAGGUGCGCGAACUGCGGUAAGAACCACGGGAGAAGGUGCAAUGAACCACCCCGAUGCUUCAAAUGCGGUAGCACGAGCCACCUCAAACCCUCUUGUCCAAUGCUGAACGGAGGAGGACCAUCGGGAGCUAUGGGAGGACCUACGACUAGUAGGGGACGUGUGGGGCCGUCUCAGGCCGGCACGGGAAGGGGCGGACCCACGGCUAGCAAUGCCGCGUCCGUUAACCAAGGGAGGACCCAAGCACGGGUGUAUGCAAUGACCGAGGCUGAUGCUCGGGUCAACCCGGACUCCAUUGCAGGUUGAGGCUAGAGUCCUACUACCUGCACCUUUGCCUAGGGUGAUUGAUCAAGAAGGAAGACGUGGUUCGUGCUUCCAUUCUUAUUUCAAAUAUAUAAACUGCUCAUGGAUUUUUGAACAAUAUUUUCAUUAAAAGAGUUGGGGGCCUGCCUGCCCGUGUUUGCCACGUGUGGCUAAGUAUCAAACAUAUUAUUAUUUCCGCAUUUGUUUGAUUAUGAUAUUGAUGUUGAUUGUAUGUGUUUA